AUGGCUUCACAAGUCGAAGAACUCAAAAGCAAAGCAAACGCUGCAUUCUCUGCUGGAAAAAAUGAUGAGGCAAUUAGUUUAUACAGUCAAGCGAUAGGAAUUGAUGAAAACAACCACGUUCUCUACAGUAAUCGAUCAGCUGCAUAUGCGAAAGGAUCAAAAUACGACGAAGCAUUAAAAGACGCUGAAAAAUGCAUUGCACUUAAACCGGAUUUUGCCAAGGGCUACUCUCGGAAAGGAGCGGCAUUAUCGUUUUUGAAGCGUUAUGAUGAUGCCAUCAAAACGUAUGAAGAAGGUUUGAAAAUAGAUCCAAGUAAUCAACAAAUGUUAACUGACCUUGAAAAUGCACGAAGAGAUGCGGCCGGACCAGCAGCUGGUGGAAUGAAUUUCUUCUCUGAUCCACAAUUUUUAGCUCAAUUAAUGACCAAUCCAAAAGCACGAGAACUGAUGAACGAUCCCGAAACAGCCAUGUUGAUGAGGAUGAUGCAACAACAGCCGAAUAACACUGCACUUUUGAGCAAUCCGAAACUUAUGAAAUUACUCGGUUGUGUCCUUGGUUUCGAAUUGGGCAAUGAAAGCGACCUUAGUUCACAAAUGGAAACAGAUAGUAAAGCAAGUUCAGCGAAAAAAGAACCGAGCACAACCACAUCAAAACCAACAACAAAUCCAACCACUUCCACUGCCAAACCAACUGAACAAAGCAAAAAUAUGACAUCAGAACAAAGUUCAGCUGAAGCAGAAAAAGAAAAGGGAAACGAAGCCUACAAGAAGAAAGAUUUCGAAACAGCUCUCGCUCAUUACAAUAAAGCAAUUGAAUUGGAUCCAAUAAAUAUGACUUAUUAUACGAAUCGAGCCGCUGUGUAUUUCGAACAAAAACAAUGGGAUAACUGUAUGAAAGAAUGUGAAAAAGCUAUCGAAGUUGGUCGUGAAAAUAAAGCCGAUUACAAACUAAUUGCUAAAGCUUAUGCUCGUAUGGCGAAUGUUCGAACACAAGAACAAGAUUAUACAGGCGCUUUGAAGUAUUACAAUCAUUCACUAUCCGAGCACCGAAAUCCUGAUGUAUUGAAGAAGAAACAGGAGAUUGAGAAACUACUCAAAGAACAAGAACAACUUGCGUACAUUAAUCCCGCAUUAGCUGAAGAAGAGAAAGCCAAAGGUAAUGAAUAUUUCCAAAAAGCUGAUUAUCCAACAGCACUCAAACAUUACAGCGAAGCUAUUAAACGAAAUCCAUCCGAUGCGAAGCUGUACUCUAAUCGAGCAGCUUGUUAUACCAAAUUAAUGGAAUUCCGAUUGGCAUUGAAAGAUAGUGAGGAAGGUAUCAGACUUGAUCCUAAUUUUCUCAAGUGUUACCUUCGUAAGGGUCAUGCAUUAGCGGCAAUGAAAGAUCUAGGUCAAGCUAUGGCCGCUUUCGGUAAAGCUCUUGAAAUCGAUCCAAAUUGUCAAGAAGCAAUUGAGGGUUAUCGACAAUGUUCAGUCAAGUCCAGUGAUGACCCUGAAGAAGUUCGCAAACGUGCUGCAAACGAUCCUGAAAUUCAACAGAUUCUCAGUGAUCCUGGUAUGCGAUUAAUACUCGAACAAAUGCAAAAUGAACCACAAGCAUUACGCGAUCAUUUACGAAAUCCUGCAAUUGCACAAAAAAUUCAAAAAUUAAUCGAUGCUGGUAUUAUUGGUAUUCGACAUGGGUAA